CAUUUUUGAGUUGAACUUUCUUGUUCAACUAAAGAUAAAUUCACUUUUUUAAGUUGAUUGAAUAAAUUUACAAUUAUUCAAUAAAUCAACUGUGGUGGAAUCCCUGACAGCAAGUCUUUGAACAGAGCACUUCCCAACUCCAUAGAUCUCUUCCUUUCUUUUCCUUAGUGUUUCGAAACCACAAAUCAUUCAUCCAUGUCUUACCCAACAAGUUCCUCUUCAUAUGAUUUACAGAGAAGAAGGACACUGCUUCUUGAUCUGAACCUCACUCCAUUUGAGAACGAUUUGGCUCUAACAAAAAAGUAUGACGUGUUUUUGAGUUUCCGAGGAGAAGACACUCGCGCAUCAUUCAUUUCACAUCUCACAUCAUCUCUUCAGAACGCCGGAAUCCUCAUUUUCAAGGAUGAUCAGUCGCUUCAAAGAGGAGAUCACAUAUCCCCAUCGCUAGUUCACGCAAUUGAAUCUUCUAAAAUUUCUGUUAUAGUCUUCUCAAAAAACUACGCCGAUUCCAAGUGGUGUCUUCAAGAGUUGUGGCAAAUAAUGGUGCGUCACAGAACCACAGGCCAGGUUGUACUGCCUGUGUUCUACGAUGUCGAUCCUUCUGAAGUUCGUCAUCAAACUGGUGAGUUUGGUAAAUCAUUUCUAAAUCUAUUGAACAGAAUUUCACAUGAGGAGAAAUGGAUGGCGUUAGAGUGGAGAAAUGAGCUUCGUGUUGCGGCUGGCCUUGCUGGAUUUGUUGUCCUAAAUUCCAGGAACGAAAGUGAGGUUAUCAAGGAUAUUGUUGAAAAUGUUACACGUUUACUGGACAAGACAGACUUGUUCGUUGCUGAUAAUCCUGUGGGUAUCGAUUCUCGAGUGCAAGAUAUGAUUCAACUUCUAGACACUCAACAAACAAAUGAUGUUCUACUACUAGGGAUGUGGGGGAUGGGUGGAAUUGGAAAAACCACCGUUGCAAAGGCCAUUUACAAUAAAAUUGGUCGCAAUUUUGAAGGUAGGAGCUUUAUUGCAAAUAUUAGGGAGGUUUGGGGGAAAGAUUGUGGUCAAGUGAAUCUACAAGAACAACUUAUGUAUGAUAUUUUUAAAGAAACCACAACCAAGAUACAGAACGUUGAAUCAGGAAUAUCUAUAUUAAAUGGAAGACUCUGUCAUAAAAGAGUACUUCUUGUACUUGACGAUGUGAAUAAACUGGACCAGCUAAAUGCUUUGUGUGGAAGUUGUAAAUGGUUUGCUCCAGGUAGUAGAAUAAUCAUCACAACUAGAGAUAAGCAUAUACUUAGAGGAAAUAGGGUUGACAAAAUAUACAUAAUGAAAGAAAUGGAUGAAAGUGAAUCUCUUGAGCUUUUUAGUUGGCAUGCAUUCAAGCAAGCGAGGCCUAGCAAAGAUUUUUCAGAAAUUUCCACAAAUGUAGUUCAGUAUUCUGGGAGAUUGCCGCUAGCUCUUGAAGUCCUUGGGUCCUAUUUGUUUGAUAGGGAGGUAACAGAGUGGAUUUGUGUAUUGGAGAAACUCAAAAGAAUUCCCAAUGAUCAAGUACAUCAGAAGUUAAAAAUAAGCUACGAUGGCUUAAAUGAUGAUACAGAGAAAUCAAUAUUCCUUGACAUUGCUUGUUUCUUUAUUGGGAUGGAUCGAAAUGAUGUCAUUCAUAUAUUAAAUGGUUCUGGAUUUUUCGCAGAAAUUGGAAUAAGUGUCCUUGUUGAGAGAAGCCUUGUAACGGUUGAUGAUAAGAACAAGCUUGGCAUGCAUGAUUUGCUGCGAGAUAUGGGAAGGGAAAUCAUUCGUGAGAAAUCACCAAUGGAGCCUGAGGAACGUAGUAGGUUGUGGUUUCAUGAUGAUGUGCUUGAUGUAUUGUCAGAACAUACUGGAACAAAAGCUGUUGAGGGACUGACUUUGAAGAUGCCAUGUCAUAGUGCACAACGAUUUAGUACUAAAACAUUUGAGAACAUGAAGAAACUCAGAUUGCUGCAACUUUCUGGUGUACAACUUGAUGGAGAUUUUAAAUAUAUUUCAAGAAAUUUAAAAUGGCUGCACUGGAAUGGAUUUCCUUUAAGAUGCAUACCUUCAAACUUCUAUCAAAGAAAUAUAGUUUCCAUUGAGUUAGAAAACAGCAAUGCUAAACUUGUGUGGAAAGAGAUUCAGAGGAUGGAGCAGCUGAAGAUUCUAAAUCUUAGUCAUUCUCAUCAUUUGACACAGACCCCUGACUUUUCAUACUUGCCUAAUCUUGAAAAGCUAGUGCUCGAAGAUUGCCCAAGGCUGUCUCAGGUUUCCCAUAGCAUUGGACAUCUCAAAAAAGUUGUUUUGAUAAAUUUGAAAGAUUGUAUUAGCCUUUGUAGCCUUCCAAGAAACAUCUAUACGUUGAAAACUCUGAAUACUCUCAUUCUAUCGGGAUGUUUAAUGAUUGACAAGUUGGAAGAGGACUUGGAACAAAUGGAAUCUUUAACCACCCUGAUUGCAAAUAAUACUGGUAUAACAAAAGUUCCCUUUUCAUUAGUAAGGUCAAAAAGCAUUGGAUUUAUUUCUCUGUGUGGAUAUGAAGGAUUCUCACGUGAUGUGUUUCCUUCUAUCAUUUGGUCUUGGAUGUCACCAAAUAAUCUGUCACCCGCUUUUCAAACAGCUUCUCACAUGUCAUCCCUUGUGUCUUUAGAGGCAUCAACUUGUAUUUUCCACGAUCUAUCAUCUAUUUCCAUUGUCCUUCCAAAGCUUCAAAGCCUUUGGCUGACAUGUGGAUCAGAACUUCAACUAUCACAAGAUGCAACACGAAUUGUGAAUGCUUUAAGUGUAGCAAGUUCUAUGGAAUUGGAAUCAACUGCAACUACAUCACAAGUACCAGAUGUGAAUUCAUUAAUUGAAUGUCGCAGUCAAGUGAAAGUUUCAACCACUCCAAAUUCCAUGAAAUCUCUUUUAUUUCAAAUGGGAAUGAACUCCCUAAUCACCAAUAUUCUGAAAGAGAGGAUCUUAAAGAAUUUGACUAUCGAUGAGCAUGGUCGUUUUUCACUCCCUUGUGAUAAUUACCCGGAUUGGUUAGCUUUCAAUUCAGAAGGUUCUUCUGUAAUUUUUGAAGUCCCUCAAGUGGAAGGACGUAGCUUGAAGACAAUAAUGUGCAUUGUCUAUUCUUCAAGCCCAUACGACAUAACAUCAGAUGGCCUUGAAAAUGUGUUAGUGAUAAAUCACACAAAGACCACCAUUCAACUCUAUAAGAGAGAAGCAUUAUCCUCCUUUGAAAAUGAGGAGUGGCAGAGAGUUGUAACAAAUAUGGAACCUGGUGACAAGGUGGAGAUUGUUGUCGUUUUUGGGAACAGUUUCAUUGUGAUGAAGACAGCAGUUUAUCUCAUAUAUGAUGAACCAGUCGUCGAAAUAUUGGAGCAAUGUCAUACACCAGAUAAGAAUGUUCUUGUUGAUAUCGGUGAUGAAAAUGAAUGUGCUGCCAUGAGGAUCUCUCGCCAAGUAGAGCCUACAGAUGAUUUUGAACAAAAACAGAAAAGAAGAAAAAUCGACUGAAUAUGGAAGGUGUUGCUAGUUGUGGCUGAUUGGUGAAUUAUAGUUUAUGAAAGUGGAUUGCAGAUUUUAUGCUUACAUUGGUGGCUACUAAUGCUCUUAUUGCUGAGGCAUGAGGUUCCAGGGAAAGUUAAGUUGACUUAGAUCUUGGUUUCACAGAAAUCCAACUUGAGUUUGACUGGUAAGCUCGGAUCCUAAUGCUUUAAUGGGAGUAAGAUAAGGAAACUGAUCAACAAAUUUAAUACUAGUAUACUUCUACAGAAAAUUGUCAGAUGGAAAUCAUUCAUGUUUUAAAUGAAGGCAUUGAAAUGCAGCCAAUCUUGGAAAUUUCAGUAUGCUUCAAGAAGAAUUCAUUGUCUCCAAACCAAUAAACAUAAACUGUGAGACUUCUAAUGUUUAGUUUAAGUGGAUUUGUUAUUCAAGAGCUAUGUGAACUUCAUGCCACAACAGGGUGCGCAAGGGAGUGAAUAUGUACAUCUUGUAGUCGAGGAAAGGCACCUUCAAUAUCGUUAAGUUUGGAUAUAUACAUAUAAACACCCCAUUUGAAUGAUCCUUUAAUUGCUUCAACAAAUGAAUGUGAUAUUUCAUCCCCCCUCUUAAGCUUGUCAUCUGCAAAGAAACUUAUAAUUUGGUUCAGAGGAAAAGCCUUACUCAAAUGAGCAAGAGAGCCUCCUAGUUGUGAUCUUUUUUUUUUAUUUGAAGGAAAGGAAGGAGGAAGGAGUGAUCUUUAUAAUGUAAACAAAGUACAAAAAAAAUGUAAAAAUAUGUUGUUGAGUUAUCGAAAGUGAUGCUAUUUCUAUGACCAA